CUAAAUUUCCCCGCUCGCUUCUGACACUGGUGGAAUAUCAGGAGCGUCAACUUCCGAAGAAACUAAUCAAAUCAACAUUAUGAGUGGUAGUUUGUUUGGAUGUCGCUUAGGUUCAGCUGUCUGUCGAAGAUUUUCUUGGUUAGCUAGACCGAGAAACGUCCAAGGAUACCAUGCGUGUGCUUGUGUCCGAGUGCCGCCUGUGUUCAUACAUGCGUCAAGUGAUGUGCGGAGUGCAGCAGGGCCUGGUGUCCAAUGUUUACACACCACCAGCAUCACCAGCUUGACUUCAGAGAGGGCUGCUAGUGGAGGGAUGACAGAGAGGGAGUAUGAAGUCUUGGCAGAUGACACGCUUGACUCUCUCGCAGAAUACUUCGAGGAUCUGGGUGACGUUGCUGACUGCCAUCAAGACUAUGAUGCAUCUUUGGGGAGUGGAGUGUUGACAUUAGUGCUAGGUGGCAACAUGGGGACGUAUGUCAUCAACAAACAGACACCAAACAAACAGAUAUGGCUGUCAUCACCAGUGAGUGGCCCCAAGCGGUAUGACUUCUGUGAUUCCCGAUGGAUCUACAAGCGAGAUGGAGUUACUCUGCACCAGCUGCUGAUGGCAGAGCUGCAGCCGCACUUCACACACCCAAUCAACCUCUCCCAGUGCUCAUACAGCGGACUGUCCAAGUCCUGAACACAGUCUGGGUACCCUGGACAAACACGUCACCAUCCCUGAACACAGCUGGAGGCAGUUACCCAGGGUAUGGACCCUACAGCCCUCUACAUGACACUCACUAACACCAUGGGGUAGAGUUGUGAUGCUCCACAUACAACAGGCUACCUUCUUCUGUGCAGGGACAUUGAAAUGCUAGGAUUGUUGUGAACAUGGUGAAUGGUGUGUGUAUCUCCCCACUGAUGCUUGUGUGGGGAUUUUGUUGAAUUUUUGUGAGUCAUACUUUUGCAAGAGGAAUGUGAAAAGUCGUAUAAAAGUUAUGGUGUGGAAAUGAACAUGUUCACCCAUCGACUGUGUAUCCUCACUUCUGUGGUUGUUGGAUCUCAUUGCCCAAUACAGUGGUGUUUAUUCAUGCUACUACAGACCCGUGAAGAUUCCGGUAGAAUAGGCCUUCAGCAACCCAUGCUUGCCGUAAAAGGUGACUAUGCUUGUCGUAAAAGGCGACUAUCCGGAUCGGGUGGUCAGGCUCGCAGACUUGG